AUGGAGACGCAAAUAGAAAUGCUCGUGGAAAUGGCUUCAAAAACUUUGCAACCCUACAAAGAUUUGGUAACUGAUUUAGCGUGGACUGUAACUAUUCUCCAUCUUUUCGCAGGGAUAAUUGUUUGCAUAAAUAUUAGCAGACAUGGAAGCACCAGAGGAUUUACUUCAACUCCGUUUAUUGGCGCUACAGCAAUUGCUAUUCUUUUCCUACAAUAUGGCUUGAUUUUAGAACAGCGAACAUUGCGAACAAUGAUUCUAAUGAGUCUUGCAGCAGAUGCAAAGAAUGAAGUAUUGAAACCAAUCGCAUGUGCUGUGGCACUGGUUGCAGUACUUCUUGCAUAUGUUCGCUCUGAUCCUUCUGAUGAUGUAGAGGAUAAUGUUGCAGUUCGUAUGUUCGGCUUUAGUUUAACUGGAUUAAUGUUAUUUUUGCUGGGAAUGCCUUUGUCGAACUUGGAAGAAAUAAUUCGUAGGAAAGAUGCUUCCAUUAUUUCAUUUCCAUUGACCUUUUCCAAUGCAAUGGUAACAUUUUUUUGGUUUUUGCACUCAGUAAUUGUGCGCGAUAUCUUUAUGAUUGUGCCAUAUGGCAUUGGUUUUCUUCUGUGCUUUUUCCAGCUUGUUCUAAUUGUUCUCUACCGUCCAUGA